CCUGCCCUUGGCUGCGCCGCCCGCUCAGCUGGCUUCCUCUUCCGCGGCCUGGAGGCGGAGGCUCCUCCACGCGGCCCAGCCUGCCUUGCCUGGGCAGCCGGGCUGUUCUGAUCUCCUAUGUCGGAGGAGACGGCAGCGGGCGCGGGGCCGGGGGGCUCCGGCUCGGGGCUCUGCUGGGCCUCGCUCUUCUCCUGCCUCAGCCUGGCCUGCUGCUAUGUGGGCAGCCUCUACGUGUGGAAGAGCCACUUGCCCAGGGACCACCCAGCUGUCAUCAAACGGAGGUUCACCAGCGUCCUUAUUGUCUCCAUCCUCUCACCCAUCUUCAUCUGGGCCUGGAAAGAGGUGACAGGCAUUAAGCCAGAUGCAUCCCUUCUUGCCCUGAUGGGCUUCCGGCUUGAGGGCAUUAUACCAGCAACCGUGCUGCCUUUGCUGUUAACCAUGGUCCUAUUCCUUGGUCCUCUUAUCCAGCUCUCGAUGGACUGUCCUUGGGACCUGGUAGAAGGUUUGAAAGUUGCGUUUGACCCCAGCUUUUGGGUUCUCUGUCUGACUGACAUGCGCUGGCUCCGCAACCAGGUCAUUGCGCCCUUCACGGAGGAGCUGGUCUUCCGGGCCUGCAUGCUGCCCAUGCUCGUCCCUUGCACGGGAUUGGGGCCUGCUGUCUUCACCUGCCCGCUGUUCUUCGGAGUCGCUCACUUUCACCAUGUCAUUGAGCAGCUACGGUUUCGCCAAGGAAGCACAGCCAGCAUCUUCCUCUCAGCAGUGUUCCAGUUUUCAUACACAGCUGUUUUUGGAACAUACACGGCCUUCAUCUUCAUCCGGACAGGGCACCUCAUUGGGCCUGUUCUCUGCCACUCCUUCUGCAACUACGUCGGGUUCCCUGCUGUCGGCGCAGCCCUGGACCACCCGCAGCGCUGCCUGGUUGUCUUCUUCUACCUGUUGGGAGUGAUCCUCUUCCUCCUCCUCCUGCACCCCAUGACGGAUCCCGCUUUCUUCGGCCACCUGCCCAUCUGCUCCCUCUCCAGACUGACUUCGCACACCAGCAGCCUUGGCAGCUUCUCCCUCUGCUCUUGACACCUGCCUGGGACGUUCUCCCAAUCUCCCCACACCCCAUGCACCCUUGCGUCUACAGUGGCACACAGCGCUGACGCUGUACACUUGCGCCGGUUUCGAGGUGGCUUUCUCCUCAUGGCCCCCACCCCACCCCUACCCUCCUCAUCCUCUUCUGCAGUUGUCAUGGGGAGAGUGGGAAAAGCCAUUUUCUGAAACCCGUUUGCGGUGGAAACGUAGCUGUGCCUGCGUUCUUGCACACAUCUCCGCCUGAGCCAGCCAGCCAGCCCUUUUUAUAGACCCCUGGGGGGGGCUUCUUUUCCUCCGGGCCCCAAAGAGCUCUAUUUUUUAUUAUUAAAGGACUUUAACGAGG